GGAAUUUUUCAUUUUCGGAAUUAUGUCAAUUUUGUUACAACUGGAUUUUUUUUGUUUUUAGGUUAGAAUUUUGACACAAUGGCUGUGGAAGGUGUUUCUCCUGCCCUUGCAAUUCGCUCUAGCGCUGGAAUUGAACUUUGGGCUUCGUCGGGUCUUAAGAAGCCCUUCGAACCAAAAGCAAAUCUUCCACGAGAGGAGACGAAAAAUUCUCGGUCAACUACAUUCAGCCCAGACGGUCGGUACUUUGCCUUUUCGAAUGGUGUCGAGGUUAAGAUCCUCAGCACUUGUGAUUGGCAAACUAAAUGCUCCUUGCCAAGACCCAAAGCAUUUUAUCUUAAAUUCUCACCACGUGGCAAUUACCUAUCGACGUGGGAAAGCUUUGCCAUUACCAAGGAUAAGCCAGAAGGUGCACCCAAUCUAUACGUAUACGAAGUAGAAACUGGCAACGAAGUAUACGCGGUAGUUCAGAAAAAGCAAACUGACUGGGAGCCAUCAUGGUCAUCGAAUGAAUCGCUUUUUGCCCUUGUUGUGGGUGGAGAAGCACUGUUUUAUGAUCUGGGUGGUGAAGGCGCAGGUUUUACAGCUACCUCUAAAAAAAUAGGUGGCGGUCGAAAUGGUAUACUUUCGGUGGGGCCAGGCAAUAGUCCACCAUAUCUAGCCUUUUAUACACCAGGCGCAAAAGGUGCCCCUUCCAUGUGCAAGUUGUACAAAUAUCCAGCUUUGCAGCAGGCCCAAACGAUUGCGUGUAAGAGCUUCUUUCAGGCAGAUCGAGUUGAAAUGCUAUGGAAUAAACGUGGUACCGGGGUUCUUUUGUUGACUAGCACUGAAGUUGAUAAAAGUGGUGCUUCUUACUAUGGUAAUCAAGCCGUACACUUUAUGUCAACUAAGGGAGACACCUGUUCCGUUCCUUUAUCCAAAGAAGGUCCCGUGCAUGCAGUUAAAUGGAGUCCAAAAGCAACUGAGUUUGUUGUUGUUUAUGGUUAUAUGCCUUCGAAAGCAUCACUUUACAAUUUAAAAUGUGAUGUCAUCUUCAAUUUUGGUGAAGCUCCCAGGAAUUGUGCUUAUUUUAAUGACUUCGGAAAUCUUCUAAUAUUAGCUGGUUUCGGAAAUUUACGUGGAUACAUCGAAAUGUGGGACGUUGCCAAGAAGAAAAAAAUAACCGAUAUGCAAGCACCUGACUCAACCCUAUUAGAAUGGAAUCCCGAUGGAGAGACUUUUGUUACGGCCACCACAGCCCCAAGACUUCGCAUUGGAAAUGGAUUUAAAAUUUGGCAUUAUUGUGGAGCACUAUUGCAUGAAACAGUAUGGCCAAAAGGACAAGAACUUCUCGGCGUUGAAUGGCAACGUUUUGCCGAUGGAGUUUUCAAAGAGAAAUCUGUUUCUGAAGUUAAGUUCGAAGGAAUAAAACCUAGUCAGCCUGAAGCAAGUAAACAAGCCUAUCAACCACCCCAUUUCCGUUUGUUGAAGGAAGGAAAGGACCCGGAAAAGCUAAUUCCACAGCCAUCAGCAACACUUCCAGAUUCAUCAGGAAAGAAAAAAGGAACACAAAAUUCUCGUCAAAAGAAACCAAAUCCAAAGACGAAGAAAGAGCCAUCUGUCAAUGGUCAAAAUGUCAAUGGCGUAGCAACUGCCAUUACCUCUGAAAACGAUGCCAACAACGGUGCAACUUCCGUAGCCACACCUAAUGCCAAUGCCAAUGCCAAUAAAAAACGUUCAACAAAUAAUCAGAAGCAGCAGCAACAGCAAAAACCAAAUCCUGAAUCUGAAGCAGGAGCAGGAACUGGAGCCGACAAUGGUGCAGCUAACGAAGAUAAUAAGAUUAAGAACGACAAACGAGUUAUAAACAGCGAAAAAGAAAAGAAAGUUCGUCAUGUGGCAAAGAAGUUGGCCGAUAUUAAAAAGCUUAAAAUGAGACAGGACCAGGGCAAUGUCUUGGAAUUGAAUCAGCUGAAUAAAAUUUCCAUGGAGGCCAAAUUUUUGGAAGAGCUAAAGGCCCUAAAGCUCUCCAAUUGAUGGACGCUCUCCAAAUCCAUGUAUUUUUACUUUAUAUUCUUUUUUUUUUACAGCUAAAAUUCUAGUUCCAAAUUGUCGUCCUGUUUUUUUUUAUAAAUUUCUUUUACUUUACAUACUUUUUUAUAUAAUAACGAAAGUGAAACGUGAUCGACUUAUUAUCUAGUUCUUUUUGUUAAAAAAUAAAUAAUAAUGUUUUGUUUGCAACUUUCCAAUUUUAUAUUACGUAUGCGCGCAACUAAAGAAGAAUAACCAACUACUUUUACAUCAGAA